ACCAGCUUUCCUUGUAGCCUGCUGCCUUUUCUGAAUGUGAAUUCAAGCACAUGGGUUGGGCCUAGAUCUGCCUGCUGUUAAUGGUGGGCGGACAACUUCGUGGCCCCCGGCUGCGGAGGAAGCCAGGAGCACAGCUUCCAGCAUCCCUUCCUCCAGGCGGUGGGCAUGUUCCUGGGGGAGUUCUCCUGCCUGGUCGCCUUCUACCUGCUCCAGUGCCGAGCUGCAAGGCACCCAGAUGCCAGCGUGGAUCCCCAGCAGCCCUUCAACCCCCUUCUUUUCCUGCCCCCAGCCCUAUGUGACAUGACCGGGACCAGCAUCAUGUAUGUGGCCCUGAACAUGACCAGCGCCUCCAGUUUCCAGAUGCUGCGUGGAGCAGUGAUCAUAUUCACAGGCCUGUUCUCAGUGGCCUUCCUGGGGCGGAGGCUGGUGCUGAGCCAGUGGCUGGGCAUCCUCGCAACCAUCGCAGGGCUGGUGGUCGUGGGCCUGGCCGACCUCCUGAGCAAGCAUGACGGUCAGCACAAGCUCAGCGAAGUGAUCACAGGGGACCUGCUGAUCAUCAUGGCCCAGAUCAUCGUCUCCAUCCAGAUGGUGCUAGAGGAGAAGUUCGUCUACAAGCACAAUGUGCACCCUCUGCGGGCAGUUGGCACUGAGGGCCUCUUUGGCUUCGUGAUCCUGUCCCUGCUGCUGGUGCCCAUGUACUACAUCCCUGCCGGCUCCUUCAGUGGAAACCCUCGGGGGGCACUGGAGGAUGCGCUGGACGCUUUCUGCCAGGUGGGCCGGCAGCCACUCAUCGCCCUGGCACUGCUGGGCAACAUCGGUAGCAUCGCCUUCUUCAACUUUGCGGGUAUCAGCGUCACCAAGGAGCUGAGUGCCACCACCCGCAUGGUGCUGGACAGCCUGCGGACCAUUGUCAUCUGGGCACUGAGCCUAGCGCUGGGCUGGGAGACCUUCCACCCACUGCAGAUCCUCGGCUUCCUCAUCCUGCUGAUGGGCACUGCCCUCUACAAUGGGCUGCACCGGCCGCUGCUGACCUGCCUGUCCCGGGGCCAGUCCCCAGCAGAGGAGGGCGAGCGAGAGAGACUGCUGGAUGCCUCUCGGACUGCCAUCAAUGAUGCCAGCUGAGUCUCCUGUGGGGCCCCUGCUGCCACCUGGAUGCACCUUGUUCACCCUGAGGCUGAGGCCACACAGGCUAGUGAGCCUCAAGUUUCCUGUCCCCAAGGCCUCGCCCUGCCCCUCCCCAAAGACCCCCCAGGACAGCUGCUACCACAGAAGAUGACAGACACCCAGGUCCUCCUUUGUCACCACCUCCUGCAGAAAGGUGUUACCCAGCCCUCACAGGCCUGAAUGUAGUGCCAGACCCCGCCAAGCUCGCCAGACCCCCAAACCUCUGCAGCAGCACUAGAGCAAAAUCAGGAAGUGGAAUUGCAGGAACUAACAACCCUAGGAUUUUCUAAAUCAAGUGAAAAUGGAUUCUCCAAAGAGAGGUCAGUGAGAAAAUUUAAACUUGUAAUACUCCCUAACCCUCUCUGGAGCCUUGGGUUUCGCUCACUCCGUGUGUGCGCCCCCAGCCCAUUCCCUGGUGGCUCUGGGCCUCGGUAGCCUGCUCUACAAAGCAGAUGGGGUCAGCACUGUGGCUUCAGCGCCUUCCAACUCCAGCGGGGCCCAUUCGUGGGCCUGUGAUUUUAACCAACCUGGGAAAGGAGUAACAGCCCCUUCAUUGGAAAUUCCCUCUGCCCACAGUGCCUCCUCCCCAGGCCUGUUUUUGGUGUCCAGUGUCCUCCCUCACACACCUUCAGGGCUUCCCUUCCUGGGAGAGAUUGCAGGGGGAUUCCAGGCAGCCUUGAUAACAGCUUUUAUGGACUCUACACCUUCCAUUUUAAGGUGAGGAAAAUGAAGCCUAAAAUUAUAAAUUGUUUGGCAAGAUCGGUGUCCUGCCAUGGGCUCUGGCCACAUAGCCACAUGACCCUGCCACAGGUGGGGAUCUAGAACACAGCUGGCCCUCAGCCCCAGCCCCAGCAACCUGACCCCAUAGCGCCCCCUCCAGGGUGAUAGAUCGACCAGGAUUCUACCCAUUCAGAAUAAUUCUGGUAUCCCAGGCAUUAAAUGAAGUGCUUAACUUUCAUUGUCUCACAUAACAACCUGCACAGGUGGGUGCAGAUGAGGAAACUGUGGCCCAGAGAAGAUUAACUGACUUCCUCGUGGAGCAGGUACUUAAGCAAGGUUUGCCUGAUUCCAAAGCUGUACUGUCUCUCUCUGGGGUCUUUGGGGGAAUUUCCUGUGGCUGGGACAGAAACAUCAUGAACUGGUGUCCUCCCAGCAACUCCCCCCAACAAGAGAGGGAACUGGCAUGGGGGACCCCAGGGAGCUGAGCAGCCCUCCCUCCCAGCGUUCCUCACUACGUGGCAGCUUCGGAGCCUCAGACCAUUUUCCAGGGCAGCUUGAGCGUGGAACACCACAUGCCUUCCUUAAAAUAGAUUCUGGGGGAAGGGAUCUUUAACAAGCAAAACUCUCAGGCUCUAUGGGAAUCCAGCAGGUUAUUAGUAAAGUUUGUUGGGAGAAGAGAGGGUCUUUCCAUCCCACCAGCUCAAGUCCCAGGGGCCCCUGAGCACCUGUGGGACACAGCAUGUGUCACAGAAAGCAGGAAGUGGAGAGGAAGGGUGGUGGGGACGACAGCUGCCUUGUCAAGAUACCUGCCUUAAGGUGUUGUCUUAGGCUUUAUGUAAAAAAGAAAAGGGAAAUUGGCAGUAUGGACUUUCUAUUUAGUGAGGGAAGGGAUGUUCCGAGGGGUAGCAUCUACAAUGUUGGAUGGAAAAGCUCUAAUGUGCCAACCCGUAGAGAUCACCCAGUCUAUCACACAUUGUUCACAUGAAGGAACUAAAGCCCAGAGGAAUGGGCUUCCCAGGGUCACACAGCCAGAGACACAAAGCCUGAGUGUCUGCUUCAGCCCUGGCCCAUCCCCUCCUGCCACAGGGAGCAGCGAGAGUGUAUCCGAAACAGGACUGCUCCUGCAGUGGGCUGCCCAUCUGUGCACUCAACUGUACAAACACUAUCGCAUCGAUGUUUCUCUCU